CGCCUGGCAUUCAUCGACGCCUACAAUUGCCCUUGUGCUUCCAGACAGAAGGCAUAUUAAAAGACCAACAGCCACUGCACACACGCACGUGUAACGUGCACGUGAUCACGAUCGAUUAAACAUUGUUCGUGAGGGUAUGACGGCGAUGUAUCAUUGAUGAAGAAGCUCAAAGAAAAGUCUGAUAGUGCGAGAGGCGUGCAACCGAGCAAAACGACAGCAGGUGCGCUAAACGCGGGCGGCGAUCCGUCGCCGACCCGCGUGUGCCGUGACUUUCUGCGGAACGUGUGCCACAGGGGGAAACGCUGCAAAUACCUGCACGAACGUUCGGAGGACGAUCCCGUAGAGGAGUACACGUUCUGCCAUGACUUCCAGAACGGGAUGUGCAAUUGGCCCGGAUGCAAGUUCCUCCAUUGCACGGAAAGCGAAGAGAAACGUUUCCGCGCGACCGGCGAACUGCCCGCCCAUAUAUUGACCAGGCUAAAGAACAACAAUGAGAAGCCCGAGUACCCGGUGUGCAAGGAUUUCAUCAAGGGCAGCUGCCAGAGGGCCAAUUGCAAGUUCCGACACUGGAAGAACGAGGAACCGCAGCACACUUUGAUCACGGUCUCUCAUCACAAUGUGCCCAAGCCACAGCACAACUUCAAUGGCGCGACCAAUGAAGAGAAUCGCAGAUACGAAGAGGACAGAAACUUUCAUUGGCCAAUCGAAGAUCAACAUAGUUUAGUAACAAACAAUGGCUACACUGCAUCCACACAUCCUUCUGACUACAUAGGACCCCCUGAACCAAAGAGACGAAUAGUUUCUGGUGAAACUGUUGUUCAUUUUGAAGCGUCACCAUUAAUAGGUCAACAUACAGCGCAACAAGUUACUCCAGGAUAUUAUUAUCCGGUGAUACCGCGCAAUGAAGCUAGGGCAAUUGUUUUGGAAGAUGAAAACGCGUUAUUACGAAAGAAGAUAGAAGAGUUAAAAAAACAAGUUAGCGAUCUAACAGCAACUAAUGAGUUUCUUCUGGAUCAAAAUGCCCAAUUAAGAAUGUCUGGAAAACGGACUGCAAAUGUAACAGCGGUUACUGUUCCAGCUGUUACCAUUACAAAUACUGUUCCACCAUCACAAGCUCCAACGCCUCAACAAAUGGUCAACGCAGCAGUGGCAGCUGGGACGCUGCGUACGGUUACCGCGAGCGUUGCGACUGUUCCUGUAAGUAUAGCUACUGUUGCACCUGUUUCUAUUGCAGCAGUGUCAAUGGCACCGGUAUCCAUACCGCCACCCAUCGUUAUCGGUUCAGGUCCACAGGCAACUAACCAACAGCAACCUAAUACGCAACAACCUGCCAGUUUACCUCUAUCGAUAUCUGGUGCGACUGCACCGCUUGUUUCUUACCCUAUCAUGACUCAAGAACUUAGGCCUGUGCUGCAGUAAAUCGUAGACGAGAAAGGAACAUCAAAUAUUACCUCACUUACGUAGACGAGUUAAGGAUGCUGUCUUCUGCAUUGUCUUUCAAAAUGAUAACGUAAUUCGAUUAUUUCUUUCGAGUGUAAGCGGUAGACGCAUAACGUCGAUCAAACAUAUAUUCUUUAGUGAGUUACAGCGUUGAAAUUGUCACAGUAAUUAACGAACUGUACAUCCAUAGGCCUUGCGUAGAAAUUCGUAGAAAUUUAUCGUACAGAACAAACGUAACGAUCAUGACUGUUUUUAGCAGUAUGGUUUUAACACAAUUGCUCUCA